AUGGCUCGCAUCCAGAUUCCCAUCGACGCCCUGACGUCCCGCCUGAACAUCCAGGACCGCUUCAACAGCAUGCGCUCCGGCGGCUUGACCGCCAGGUUCGCCAACCUGCGUCCCGUCGGCGAGUUCUUCGACAUGAAGCGCCUCUCCAAGCCUGGCAACUUUGGCGAGGUCCAGUCGCGAUGGAACUACAACCUCUCCUACUUCUCCAGCAACUACAGCGUCGUCUUCCUAAUGCUCAGCAUCUACGCGCUGCUCACCAACUGGCUGUUGCUGUUCGACAUCAUCUUCGUCGUUGCAGGCAUGUUCCUCAUCGGCAAGCUUGACGGCCGUGAUCUCGAGAUCGGUACCUUCCGCGCCUCCACCUCCCAGCUGUGGACCGGUCUCCUCGUCAUCGCCAUUCCCGUGGGCCUGUUCGCGUCGCCCUUCUCGACGCUGCUCUGGCUCAUCGGUGCUUCUGGCGUGGUCAUUCUCGGCCACGCUGCUUUUAUGGACAAGCCCAUCGAUGAGGCUUUUUCCGGGGAGGCGUCAGAGGACGAAGACGACAGCAGCGAGGACGAUAGCGAAGAAGACGACGACUCUUCUGAAGACGAGUUCGAGAUCGAUUGGGAUCAGCUUUCGCCGAUGGAGCGGGAGGAGGCAUUGGUACAGACAGCACUGGCUCGCAUCCGCCGUGCCCAGGAAAAGGGCAGAGCAGAUGUCAAGCUCAACAAGGACGAGAUGGCUGCGCUGGAGCGACACAAGAAACGCAUGGCAAAGGAAGCGCGCAAGCAAGAGCGCAAACGGCGCAAGGAGAAGGAGCAACGCUACUCCAUCCCGCUGUCACAAUUGCAGGCACCGAUUAGAAGACGGUCUCCGACUGCGGACGAUGACUUGCCGCUCCACCCGUCUCCUGGCACCUUCGACGCGGUUCAAAACCGAGGCGCGAUGCCGCCUGUGGGCUACUUUCCUCCCCCGAACGCUUCUCGCACACGCCACCGUUCAUCAACUUCUUCCUCCCAGCGACCUCCUUCGGGCGGCGAACCACGGGGUUCGUCGCCAUUCCAAUACGCGUACGUCGGUUCGCGCCAGGCCUCGGACAACAUGUCGCCGGCGUCGUCUACAUCAUCAAAGUCAAAGUCGAAGGCGGCGGUCGAUCCUUUCCAGUUCCAGACGGAGGGUUCCAGCGCCCAAGGCAUUGUAGCUCGGCGUAACGUGUCGGGCUCAACAGAUGGCAGACGGACUCCUACGGUUCCAGCUACCUCGCGCGUGACCAGGUCGCGGGCUCCACCUCCGGAGUCGGCAUCGUCCAGCGACAGCAGCAGCGAGGAAAGCACGGAGGAGAGCACCAGCGACGGUACUGGAAAUGGCGCGCAGAUCGUCGAGCCUGCACCGCCGCCGCCGCAGACAAGGCGCGGCCGGAGGGAGGCCAUCGUUGUCGAAGAGGCUGCAUCCCGCGAACCAGCGCGUGAGUCGUCGCGGGGCAAGAAAUCGUCUAAUCCGUCGCCGUCUAAGAGAAAGCCCGUCGCGAGCAGGAAAAAAAAGAAAUGA